AUGAUAAUAAGAAAGUUCUUUCAACAUCAGACAGACGAUUAUUAUUUUGAAGGCUGUGACUACUAUUAAUAAUAGAAUAAUGAUAAAUCCAUAGAAUAUCUUAAAAAAGCUUUAGAAAUAGAUCCAAAUUUCUAUUUAGCUUAUGAUAAACUUGGUUUAGUUAAAAAAGAAAAAAAAAUGUUUAACGAUUCUAUUUUCCACUACAAAAAAGCUCUUGAGCUCAACCCAACAUUUUGUUCUGCUAUAGAGACUAUAGAGACAGUGAUGAAAAUGCAUUUAGAUAAAAAAAUGAUUAAAGAAGCUAAAGAAUUCUCUGAAUAAGUUCCUAAAAACCUUGAUGCUUAUUAUAAAUUAGCAAAAGUUUACUUAGUUCAAAAUAUGUUUGAUGAAUCCAUUGUCUACUAUAGAAAAGUACUUGAGUUAGACUCUAACUACAUUGACGCUUAUAUCUAAUUAGGCAACGCUUAUUCAGAAAAACUGUUAUACGAUUAAGCCAUAGAGUGCUAUUAAAAAAUAAUAGAAAUAGACUAAAAAAAAUCAGUCGCAUAUAAUAAUAUAGGCCUUAUAUAUUUAAGAUAAAACAUGUUAGACGAGGCACUUGAAUAAUUCAAUAAAGCUAUAGAAGCAGACCCAGAAUAUGAGUCAUCCAUUUAAAAUUCAGGGCUGGUUUAUGAAAAAAAAGAUUAGAAAGAUAAAGCUCUUGAGUGCAAUAAUAGAGCUCUUGAAAUCAAUCCUGCUCAUAAGAAUACAUUAAGCAGAAUAAAUGGACUGAAAAAUAAAAAUGGAAAAUAAGCUUAAGAAACUCACAAAGAAGAGUAGUAGGAGAAAAAUCUUUAAACUGCAAAAGAUUACUAUGAAGAAGGAAAUAAAUAUUACACUGAAUUGAAUGAUGAUGAAUCAAUUAAGUGUUUAAAAAAGGUUAUUGAAUUAGAUCCAAACUACUCUAAUGCUUACGACAAACUAGGUUUUAUAUUGAAGGCAAAUAGAAAGUAUGAAGAAGCUAAUUACAAAAAGCUAUAGAAAUAAAUCCUAAGUGCUUUGCUGCUAUGGAAGAAGUGA